AUGAUUCAUCCACAAGCAGAAUUGUGUCAAUUCUGUAAAUUUGACGUGGAUUUCACCCGUCGCCUCUCCCUCUUAUCCCGUCGCACCUCCCUCCUACCCCGCCGUCGCCAUUCCCUCCCAUCCCGCCGCCACCUCACACCCCGUCGUCGCCUCUCACUCCCACCUCCCCGUCGCAUCUCCUUCCCUCCCCGCUGUCGCCUCUCCUUCCCUCCCCGCCGUCGCCUCUCCUUCCCUCCCCGCCGUCGCCUCUCCUUCCCUCCCCGCCGUCGCCUCUCCUUCCCUCCCCGUCGUCGCCUCUCCAUCCCUCACCGCCGUUCCCUCCCCGCCGUCGCCUCUGCUUCCCUCCCCGCCGUCGCCUCUGCUUCCCUCCCCGCCGUCGCCUCUGCUUCCCUCCCCGCCGUCGCCUCUGCUUCCCUCCCCGCCGUCGCCUCUGCUUCCCUCCCCGCCGUCGCCUCUGCUUCCCUCCCCGCCGUCGCCUCUGCUUCCCUCCCCGCCGUCGCCUCUCCUUCCCUCCCCGCCGUCGCCUCUCCUUCCCUCCCCGCCGUCGCCUCUCCAUCCCUCACCGCCGUCGCCUCUCCUUCCCUCCCCGCCGUCGCCUCUCCUUCCCUCCCCGCCGUCGCCUCUCCUUCCCUCCCCGCCGUCGCCUCUGCUUCCCUCCCCGCCGUCGCCUCUCCUUCCCUCCCCGCCGUCGCCUCUCCUUCCCUCCCCGCCGUCGCCUCUCCUUCCCUCCCCGCCAUAGCCUCUCCUUCCCUCCCCGCCGUCGCCUCCAGCGACAAGUACACGAGCGCAAGCGCGAGUUGGGCGUGUGAGCUGAGAAGGGAGAUGAGGGAGGGAGUGGGAGGGAGAUGA